ACCUGCAAUGAUUGGCUGCUCCUUUGUGGUGGAUCGUGAGUAUUUUGGAGAAAUCGGGCUGCUUGACCCGGGCAUGGAGGUUUACGGAGGAGAAAACAUUGAACUUGGUAUGAGGGUGUGGCAGUGUGGCGGCAGUAUGGAGGUUCUCCCGUGUGCCCGAGUAGCUCACAUCGAACGCACAAAGAAACCGUACAACAACGACAUUGACUACUAUGCCAAGAGGAACGCGCUGCGGGCAGCAGAAGUUUGGAUGGAUGAGUAUAAGUCCCACGUCUACAUGGCCUGGAAUAUCCCCAUGAAUAACCCAGGAGUAGAUUUUGGAGAUGUGUCAGAGCGUGUAGCGCUGAGGAAGAAAAUGAACUGCAGGAACUUUCGCUGGUACCUUGAGCAUGUCUAUCCCGAGAUGAGAAUUUACAAUAACACCAUCACUUAUGGAGAGGUACGAAACAGUAAAGCCAGUGGAUAUUGCCUUGAUCAGGGGUCAGAGGAGGAUGACAGGGCUAUUCUCUACCCAUGUCAUGGCAUGUCAUCGCAGCUGGCGAGGUACACCACUGAGGGCUUAUUGCAGUUAGGACCCCUGGGGUCGACUACGUUUCUGCCUGACACAAAAUGCCUGGUGGAUGAUGGAAGAGGAAGGGCUCCAAGCUUGAAAAAAUGUGAUGCUGUCACCAGGUCCUCCCAGAGGCUCUGGGAUUUUACUCAGAAUGGACCCAUCAUAAGUCGAGACACGGGACGUUGUUUAGAGGUUGAAAUGUCAAAAGAUGCGAACUUUGGCCUGCGGCUGGUCGUCCAGCGCUGCUCAGGGCAGAAAUGGAUGAUUCGGAACUGGAUAAAACACCCCAGACACUGAGAUACACCCAACCUGAAAAAUAACCUCCCUGAGCUGGAGAGCAGCCAUAGACACAAACCCUGAGUCUGGGGCUGAGACAGACGAGAAGAACUUCUUUCGGGGUGAAACGCUUUCAAUAUAGACGUCUAAAGGUGAAAUAUUAUCUUUGGACGCAUUUACUGUUGAGUGAGCGGGUAAAGCAGAAGGCCGUCAUCACGGGACUAUACAGACUCCCAGUUUACUGCAGCAUACUUGUGUUCCCGAGUGGAAUUCUGAUGAGCUUUCUUGGUGAAAUAUCGAGAGAAAUAUUCAAAAGAGUUGCGGAUAAACAAAGAGAGAGGAAGCGAAAAGUUGCGAACCCCUCUGGGCAAAGUCUUGAGUUUUACUUCUUAUCAAUUGCCAUAUUAUCAACACUUAUUUCUUCAGGCUGUGAAUUGCUUUGGAUAAUUGAAUAUCCACGUUGAAACUUUAAAUGGGUAUCCCAAGUGCUACAAAACAACAAAAAAAAGAAAGUAGUAUAGACUUUAAUCUGACACAAUAGUUUCAGCUCUUUUAGCUAUCGAGUUUUUUUCUUUCCUUGAUUUACAGACUUAAAUGCAAAUGCACAACAAAACCAUGUGUUCACUCAAGAACUCAUGUGCCUUUCUCCAUCCUUAUGCCAUCAGACCAGGGGAUGUUCCUCCCUAAGCAUGUACAAAAUGUUUGAUUUUAAAUUAAUUAAAAUGUGAAUAUAAUGUUAAGGUCUUAUUGUAGAAACACGUUGUAAAAUACUCAAAACAUGAUAA